AUGGAGGGUAUUGAGAAGAAAUCUAAGUUUCCCGAGCACCCGAUCUACAAGCACUAUUAUUUUUUCUCGGACCCGAAGAAGAAGGGCGAGCAAGUCGAGUGCCUUUUUUGCCACAAGAAGUUCUCGUUUAGUAGUAGCCGCACUCCCGAGCAUCUCGCCGAGUGGCACGACCCGCAUCGGCGCCGCGAGGCGGGAGUCGUUUGCAACAAGGUGCCGAAGGAGAUUUCAUCGGAGAUUUGCGAGAUGUUCGAAGCCAAGAUUCGGGCGCGCAACCAAAAGGCGCGGGCGACAAGUGCGGCGAUCGCGGCGGUGAGCAGCACGAGCGAGGCGGGAGGGAAAGGGAAGCGCGGGCGCAUGGAGGACUUCUACGGCGAGGGCGGACUUGCGGCGAGGCGGGCGGCCGACGAGGCGAUUGUCCUCUACCUCGCGGGGACGCGCACGUCGGAGGCGCAGUGCGAGCACCCGCUCUUCCUCAACAUGCUGCGAGCCGUCACCGCUGCCGGCUCGGGCUAUGUCCCCCCCAAACGGCACUACGUCGGAGGCGCCGGCCUGCUUAAGUGCAAGCAGAAGAUUGAGAAGGCUUUGUCGCCGGUUACGAAGUCGUGGACGGAGACGGGCGUGACGAUCGCCAGCGACAUGAUGCAGGACAAGAGCGGCCGCGCGCAGAUGAACGUCAUAUGCAUCAACGACACUGGAGCGGUUUUCGUUGAGGCGGUCGAUUGCAAGGCGGUGACGAAGAGUGGCAAGUUCAUCGCCAGCGUACUGCGGCCGAUCAUCGAGCGCAUCGGGGCGGAACACGUCGUGGCGCUGUGCACGGACGGCGGCAGCAACUACAAGAAGGCUGGCAAGCUGCUGCAGAAGGAGUGGCCGCAUCUUGACCUCGUUCCCUGCGCGACGCACGUGAUGGACCUGCUGAUGGAGGACGUCGGCAAGAUGGAUUGGGCGCAGGUGGUCGUGACCCAGGCGGACAACAUGAUCAACUUCGUGCGCGGGCACCAGUGGACGCGCGCCUUCUUGCGCGACCCGAAGCUGCACGGCGAGAAGAAGUCGCUGCAGGUGUUGCGUCCGGCAGGCACGCGCUUUGGAACGCAGUUCAUCGCAGUGUCUCGUCUGCGCGCCGUUUGCCAGCAGCUCACGGCAAUGGUGACACACAAGGAUUGGCCGGAGAAGGGGGGGAGCAAGGUGACGGGAGCGGAUUUUGAGGGGUGGGUGAUGGACCAGGGGUGGUGGAAGAAGGUGGACAUGUUUUUAUCUGUGAUGGAGCUGUUCUACAAUGUGAUGAGGAGGACGGAUUCAGCGGCGAAGGGGAUGAUGGGCCAGCUGUACGACAUCAUGCUGCAGCUGACUGAGGAGUUGGAUAAGCUGCUGAAAGGGAAGGAGUGCAAGCUGACCAAGGCGGAUAAGGAUAAGGUGCGGGAGUAUUUGAGGAAGCGGUGGGACGAGAGCCUGGCGUGCCCCCUCCACGUGGCAGGCCGGAUCUUGUACCCGGCAAACCAGGAGGAGGGGAUUUUCCUGCAGGAUGGGGAGUGCACCAAGGUGAUGCAGGAGUGGUUGGAGCGACAGAAGGCGUUCGUCGAGAAGUACUGGAAGAAGUCCGGCGGCAAGAAGGGGCAGGUGAAGCCGCUGCAUGAGGGGGUGACGGCCUUCAUCAACGGCCAUGGGGGGUUCGGCACGCAGACAGCGAUCGAGGGGCGUGGGGAUAUUCAGCUGGGGAAGGGGAACGUGAUGCUGUGGUGGCAGUACAAUGGAUGGGAGUACGCCCACCUGGCUCGCAUUGCGAGGCGCACGCUGUCCCAGCCCGUUUCCGCUUCACCGUGCGAGCGGGGCUGGUCUACAUGGGAUGGCGUGCACACGGCGCGCAGGAACCGACUCGGGUCGGAGAAAGUGCGCGACCUUGUGUAUGUUGCGCACAACUGGAACGUUGUGCACACAUUCCACAAGGAUGCGGAAGCGGGGCCUAGUGUGGUGGGAAGGAAGGGUGCAGUGGUGGAGGGGAACAUCCCCCCCCCUCCCCUCCCUGAGGGGUACAAGUUGGAGGAGGAUGGGGAGAUGGAGGCGGACGAGGACGACGUGUGCCUCGAUGAGUGGCAGACGCAGGAGGAGCUGGAGAAGGAAGGGGAGGGGGAGGAGGAGGAGGAGGAGGAGGACGAGGAGGAGGAGGAGGAGGACGACAGCUAG